AUGUCUUUGAAUAUACCCAACGCGCCGAACGCCGGCUUGUUCAAGCAGGGUUACAACAACUAUGAUUCCGAGGAUGGCGCUGUCCUCCGCAAUAUCGAUGCCUGCCGCGCCAUCUCGUCGACCGUCCAGACGUCGCUGGGCCCCUAUGGGCGCAACAAAAUCGUCAUCAACCACCUCCAGAAGAUGAUCCUCACCUCCGAUGCCGCUACCAUCCUGCGCGAGCUCGACGUUAUCCACCCCGCCGCCAAGCUUCUGGUUAUGGCCAGUCAGCAGCAGGAGUCGGAGAUGGGCGAUGCUACCAACAUGGUCAUCGUCUUCGCUGGCGAGCUGCUCAAGAAGGCCGAGGACCUGUUGCGCAUGGGCCUCAAGACGUCCGACAUCGUGACAGGCUACGAGCGCGCCCAAAAGAUUGCUCUCGACACUCUCGAGGAGCUCGAGGUCGACAAGGUCGAGGACCUGCGGUCUCUGGCCGAGCUGAGCAAGGCCAUCCGCACCGUCAUCGCCAGCAAGCAGAACGGCAACGAAGACUUCCUCGCCAACCUCGUCGCCGAGGCUGUCCUGUCGGUUCUCCCUAAGAACCCCGCCAACUUCAACGUGGACAACAUCCGCGUCGUCAAGAUCAUGGGCGGCAGCCUGGACCAGAGCCGCGUCGUCAAGGGCAUGGUGUUCGGCAAGGAGCCCAACGGCACCGUCAAGAAGGCCAAGAAUGCCAAGGUCGCCGUCUACACGUGCCCCAUCGACACCAGCCAGACCGAGACCAAGGGCACCGUCCUGCUGCACAACGCCAAGGAGAUGCUCAACUUCACCACGGGCGAAGAAACCCAACUCGAGGCUGCCAUCAAAGAGCUGCAUGAUGUUGGCCUCAGAGUGGUGGUUGCCGGGUCCACGGUAGGCGAGCUGGCCAUGCACUACCUCAACCGGUACGGCAUCCUGGUCAUCAAGAUCCUCAGCAAGUUUGAGCUGCGGCGGGUGUGCAACGUCGUCGGAGCCACGCCGCUGGCCAGGCUAGGCGCCCCCAUGCCCGACGAGAUGGGCAGUAUCGACGUUGUUGAGACGCUCGAGAUUGGCGGCGACCGCGUCACCGUGUUCAGGCAAGAGAACGAUGCGACGAGGACAUCGACCAUUGUCCUCCGCGGCGCCACACAAAACCAUCUGGACGACAUUGAGCGCGCCGUCGACGACGGCGUCAACGUUGUCAAGGCCAUCACCAAGGAUCCCAGACUCGUCCCGGGCGCGGGCGCAACCGAGAUCGAGCUCGUCGAGAGGAUACAGGCUGUUGGAGACAAGACGCAGGGCCUCGCUCAGUAUUCCAUCAAGAAGUACGGUGAGGCUUUCGAGGUAAUACCGAGGACUCUAGCCGAGAGCGCUGGCCUAGACGCAACCGAGGUGCUCAGCCGGCUCUACGCUGCUCACCAGCAAGAAGAUGACUGGGCUACGGGAGUGGAUAUUGAGAACGAUAAAAACACCGGAACCCUAGAUGCCGAGGAGGAGGCCAUCCUGGAUCUCUUGGUAUCCAAACAGUGGGCCAUUAAGCUCGCGACUGAGGCCGCCAGGACGAUAUUGUCAGUUGACCAGAUCAUCGUUGCUCGCCAGGCUGGCGGGCCGAAGCCCCCUGGACCGAACGCGAACUGGGACGAGGACUGA